UUUGGCUCCUCCCUGGCUGCCUGUUAUUGACAGCUGCAUGGCUAAUGCCCUGUAGCUCUCCGGCGUGUCAUUCGGGAGAAACAAAAGCAGAUUUAUCCCCCUCCUCUUUAGCAGCGAGGAUAAAAGCAGGGCUUUUGUGCUUCCCCCAGCAUUGCUGGAGAAGGGCUGAGCACGCUUUGCGGAGGGGACCCGUCUCCGUGCCGAGCCCCAGCGUGGAUGGGAGCUCUCCGAGAGGGAAGCUGAGGCUUCACGAGGUCCCACCUGGAGGACACAACCUGUGGGCCAGGAUGCAUCGAAUGAUGAAGGAAGAGUCCAGUUACAGGACGAGCAGCCUGGAGAAUGCAACGCGUGACCCGAGCAAAGAAAAGCUGCACAUGAAGCUCUGCAGCGGAUCCUGCCACGCUGAACAAAUCCUCCAGACGCUAAACUCCUACCGGCAGAGUGGCAUCUUCACAGACGUGGUGCUAUUAAUCGAUGGGCAAGAAUUCCCCUGUCACCGUGCUACGUUGUCAGCCAACAGCACGUAUUUUCGGGCUAUGUUUGGUGGCAAUCUCAAGGAAGGCCACCAGAAUAUCAUUAACAUCCAGAAGAUUUCUGCCUCUACCAUGUCUCUCCUUCUUGACUACAUGUAUGGGGGGAACAUCGUCAUUCAGGAAGACAACGUUGAAGGCAUCUUGGAACUGUCUGACUUGCUGCAGAUCUCCAAGCUCAGAGAUGCUUGUAUCACCUUCCUUGAAGGCCAGCUCCACCCGUGCAAUUGUUUGGGCAUCAUGAAGUUUGCCGACUCAUUCUCCAUCGCUUCCCUGACCGAAAAGAGCAAGAGGUUCAUGCUGGAGUGUUUUGUGGAGGUGUCGUGUCAUGAAGAGUUCCUAGAGAUGGGUGUGAAGGAGCUGGUUGAGUACUUGUCUGAUGAGCAGCUGGUGGUCCCCAAGGAGGAAGUGGUCUUUGAAGCAGUCAUGCGCUGGGUACGGCAUGAUGUCCCUGCCAGGAAGGGAGCCUUGAAGGACCUCCUAGAGCAUGUGCGACUGCCACUGCUUGACCCCACCUAUUUCCUGGAGAAAGUGGAGAUGGACGGACUCAUCCAGGACUCAAAGGAGUGCAUUCCUCUACUGCACGAAGCCCGCAAGUACUACAUCCUUGGGAAUGAGGUCAGCUCCUUGAGAUCAAGGCCCAGAAGGUUCAUGGAGCUGGCAGAAGUCAUCGUCAUCAUUGGGGGCUGCGACAAGAAAGGUCUUCUGAAGCUGCCCUUCACAGACCUCUAUCACCCGAAGAGCAGGCAGUGGACAGCCCUCUCCAGCGUGCCCGGUUACACCAAAUCAGAGUUUGCUGCCUGCACGCUGAAGAACGACGUGUACAUAUCAGGGGGACACAUCAGCAGCAAUGAUGUUUGGGUGCUGAGCUCCCAGCUGAACGUCUGGAUCAAGGUUGCUUGUCUGCAGAAAGGCCGAUGGAGGCACAAAAUGGCAACGCUUCAGGGCAAGAUCUACGCUGUGGGAGGCUUUGAUGGUUUUUACCGCCUCUCCAGCGUGGAGUGCUAUGACACCUUCUCCAACAGCUGGUCAACCUUGGCCCCGCUGCCUCAGGCCGUGAGCUCGGCGGCUGUGGUCUCCUGCCUGAACAAGCUCUACGUGCUGGGCGGUGCUGUGGACGACACUGCUAACACCGACAAGGUCCAGUGCUAUGAUCCAGAGGAGAACAAAUGGACACUUUUGUCUCCCACUCCUUUUUACCAGAGGUGCAUCAGUGCUGUCUGCUUGGACAAUAUCAUUUAUGUCGUAGGUGGACUCCUCAGUAAAAUCUUCAGCUAUGAUCCAAGGGAAGACAGCUGGCAAGAAGUGGCCACACUCCCUGGGCCUCUGGAGAGCUGUGGCCUGACAGUGUGUGGAGGGAAGAUUUACAUCCUGGGCGGUCGAGACGAGAAUGGGGAAGGCACAGACAAAGCGUUCACUUUCGACCCCGCAACGGGCAGCGUGGAGCAGCAGCCACCUCUGCAGCGCUGCACCAGUUAUCACGGCUGUGUGACCAUCCUGCAGCGCAUGAAUAGAUGACCGUGGGGCUUUGGCAGCAUCCUUCUCCCACCCAGAGCCUCCCCUUGAGACAGUGGCCACCAGUGUGUGGACAGACAGCCCAGCUCUCUGCGGGGAAGGGCAAUACAAGCUGCUGAAGAUGUGCUCCAGCCAGGCCCUGAGCACUGUUUUUUUUUUUUCCAGGCCUGGUGAUGCCAGUGAUUUUGUUGCUGAUCUAGGUGAGAGGAUGAAAGGGUGAUGGGCUGUGUGAAAGCUGCAUUGCAGACCUUGCACAGGAGGAUUCAAAUAUCGUUACAGCCCCUGGAGCUACUGGAUUUGUCUCUUUUUAGGUUUCCUUGGAUGUAGAUUAUGGUUUUCUGUAAUGUUGCCAACAGAGGCUCUCUGUCCUGCAAGGACAUGUAUUGUUGCUGCUCUCUGAUGCCUGAGGCUGUUGCAGUCACAAUUAUAGUUACAGGAUCUAAUUCUUUAGCUAAAGCUAUCAGAUAUUUGUGUAUUUAACUCUCUAGAGCCAAGUGUCAAACCAUGGUGUUGGCCUAAAUGGCCACUGACAUCCACGAACAGCCCUACUACAGCGGAGAGCUGAGACCUCAUAGCUGAUACCCCAAGAAAAUCUCUCUGCUAAAUCCCUAAAAGCUUGGUUAAAUAGGGUGAGCUCUGACUCCAACCUGCACGUGGUGUAUGAGGGUCCAUCCCCUGAAAGCACAGAGUGCUGUAUUUCUUCAUACAUGUUGCAUAGUUGGACUGUCCAGUGAAUUGUGUAGCCAAGAGUUUCUUCUUCAGAGAGCAGAAGUAGGCUAACGUGUAGGGAUUAGGCAAGAAGUUCUGAAGCAUGGUAGCCACAGAAUUGUAUCUGUCUCCUUUUGGCUCUGAAAUACGCUGGUAAGUAGGAAAAUAAACUCAAUAUUUAACAGGUUGGACACAGGGCCCCUGGGAACCCAAAUGUGCAGCCUGCUUGGGGGGCAAGUGUUCAACAGCACAGACUGUGCAGCACCAGGCCAGUAGGCCUCAGGUCUAAAAAUGAUCUUGAGCACGUUCAAUUUGUUAGAAUAGCCGUAACUUUUGGUGUCUUUAGUCCAUAACUGGACCUGGUAAUUUCUGAUGGGUCCACGUAGGUGUCCACGUUGUUCCAAUAGGGAUGUAGGUGCUGCCAAAUGUAGAGUGGGAUCUCUUAAAAACUCCCGUGACUUGUAUGUUGUAGGGUGCACCCCUCUACAGCAGGCUGCUGGCUGGCUGCUGUUCUCUCUGCACCUUGUUUUCCUUACCCCACUGAUGACUUCUUCCUGAAGCAGAGGAGACUGCCAUGGCUGUUGGCCCAGAUCCUCCUCUUUUCAGGGCCUUCUAAUGAUCUUAAACCUCCUGUAAUUGCUUUGUUCCCCUUUAAGUCUGGAUUUCUUUUUUUUUUCUGGUGCUCUUUAGUACUUUUGUCUUCUCUGAGUUCUGAGAAGGUUCACCUCUUCUUCAUGAUGAUAUCAGGAUCACCUGUAAAACAUGGCAAAAGUUUCUGCUGAAGAACCCAAAUGGGCUAGAACCUGAGCACGCUCAUUUCCUCUUUUCAUUAGGAAAUGUAUUUUUUUCCAUUGUCCAAAUGAAAAGCAGGGUGUUUCAUUGCACAAAAUGUACCUUACCCUCCUCAUAGUCACCUCUGAAAAGUCUCAGGGCUAUGGUAGCUGUUUUGUUCAUCGAGGUACACUAUUUAUCUGUUCUCAGCCUCAAAUUCUCCUCAAGGCCUGUGCACAUAGGUUAGAUGUUUUAUAUAUAGGAUAUGUCCUUCAAGCAACAUAAAGGUGAUUCAAUGCUGUUAUAGAUUAUUCCUCUGAGAAGAGAAAAGGAAAAGCACGCUGGUAAAAGGCAAUUUUAUUUGUAAUCAAAUCCCAGAUGGGCCUUUAAUAGGAAUGGUUAUUUCACUGGGAACUGGCACCUUUCAUUGAUUUAGUUAAAUUAGCACAGAAGAAAGCACAAGCAUAUCAACCCAUGGGGAGACCUUUAUCUUCCUAUAGCCUGAUUUCCUCAGGAGCAUCUCCCCACAGCAAUUCUGCCUCUCUUACUGCUCCCUGUGCCUUAAGCUAUUCACUGCUUUGGUAUAGGGGCCCUUCAAAGUGUAUGGAUUGGGACUCUCUGUCUCCACCUCACUCAUCUGGCCAAGGACAUUUGUAGUUCUUCACAGACUGGCCACCUCUUGAGUUGCACUUUGGAAACCACUGCUGGUGUUUCAAGAAAAGGAUUGCACCCCAAGCUUGCAAGGGCACUAUUGAACAAAGGCUGAGGAUGCUGAGCAGUGCAAGGAAUCAGCCUUAUUGAAGGGUCGAUCCCAGUGACAAAUAUAUACCUUGCCCAAUGUAUUUAUUUUAUAGGGUUGUAAACACAACCUAAAUAGGUUGUUUGGCUGCUGGCAGAUCUUUGUGCUCAUUCUUGGAAGGAGCACAGUAAUGUAUUUGGACAUAGCAAUAGCCUUGAUAGGAAAGUGAGUUUUCCAGUUACAGUUUUUGGGUAAACAUCCCUACUUUUACACCUGGCUGAAACACCCCUGAGGGAGCCUUGCUGAGGCGUGUUGAUGCUUGUGUUUUGUAACCCUGUUUUGGGGGACCUAAUAUUGGGUCUUAAACUUAUGGACCUGGAUUUUCCUUGUCUUAAGAUUGGGCUUUUUCUUUAACCAUCUGGCAAGAGAGCUGCACUGAAGAAGAUUUGGCAUGCUGGAUGGUGUGGUUUGGGUUUCGUUUUUGGGGUGGGGUUGGGAGUGGAGGGGCAAUGUUCAGAAAUUUGUGGUUUCAUUCCAAUGGCAAAUAAAGAUGAGUGAGGAAAACUCCAACAUUGCUGCACCAUGGAACUGUUGCUCUCCUUACAAUUUCUCUUUCCACUAUUUUUCCUGAUUUUCCUAAUUCCUCCAGGAGUCUCUUCCUAUACUUCACACUUUUAGUCCCAUAGAAAUAAGCAACUCCAAAGAGUAGAUGUUCUGGCCACCUUUCCCAUGUGCUUUUGACGUGUGUGAUACGUUGCAAUAGGUGUAACAUGGCGGUGGAAGUUGUGGCAUAGGUACUAAAACAUUCACCUUGUUCUUGAUCCUGAUAUUCAUUGUACCACUGAAACGUGUUUGUAUUUUGUAAGGGCUGUGGGUGUGCAGGGGAGGGGAGGGGGAGGAAUUUAACUUGUUAUUCUUAGAAAUAAAUGUUUUCCUUGACGCCAAAA